AUGGUUCGUCGUGAUCAUGCCAGCGUGUCUGGUCUGGAAAUGCGCCUCCCUGAAGAGCACGAGCGUCUGUGGAAGGCGCCGCCGGGCUGGUUCACAGCCUACAAAUUUUGGUUCAAGGAAUCGCAUAUGUUCUUCCCGCUUCCGAAGCUGUUCGUCGCGUACUGUGAGGAACGUCGGAUCGCUUUUUCUCAGCUUUGUCCGGCGGGUGUUCGCAAUAUUACGGGCACGCUGGUUCUGGCUGCCGAGCUGGGGAUGGAGCUUACCUCGAUUUUUAUGAGGCGAUGUCGUCCAUCGCUGUCAAUCAGGGCACUCCCGGGACCUUGUAUGUCAGCAUAA